AUACAUUUCUUGCUUGCAUUUGCAGUUUAUUUUAAAAGUGUAGUCUGUGCUCAUCUGCUUUCAUUUGAGUGUUGAAGAUCAGACUCACUAGAACACGAGAUGUCCAUCAGAAUGGUUCCUCCUCUUCCUCUGAUCUUUCUUCUCAUGAUUCUGGGAGUUUAUAGUGCUGCUGAUUGGGGUGUGACUUACAGCCGUCCAUACAUUUGUGCACUAAAGGGAUCAUCAGUGAUAAUGUCCUGCACUUAUAAAUACCCUUCUAGACGUCAAAUCUAUAAAGUCUUCUGGACCAAAACAGAUGUUAAAGUUAAUGAUGAGUUUCCAGCUCUGUCUGAUGACCCUGAAUACAGUCAGAGGAUUCAGUAUCUGGGAGAUAAACGGCAGAACUGCACCAACAGACUGAAUGAUGUGACACAGAAGGAUUCACACGAGUACUAUUUCAGAUUCAUUACUGAUAAACCCGAUGGAAGAUGGAUUGGUAAACCUGGAGUGACUCUUGAUAUCACAAAUCUUCAUGUGGAGUCUCCUGAGAGCGUGACAGAGGGAGAUACAGUCAGUCUGACAUGUAAAAGCACCUGUAAUCUGACUGACAGAGCAACAUUCAUCUGGUUGAAAAACACACAGUCAUUAACUGAGAGAAACAAUAAACUCCUCCUGCAGUCAGUCAGAAGCGAGGAUGCAGGCAGAUAUAGCUGUGCUGUACACGGACACAAUCUCACAUCACCUCAUGUUUAUCUCAAUGUCACAUUCCGUCAUAGAUCUGGUUGGCAUGUAGCGUUGGGGAUCAUAGUGGGAUGUGGAGGAUUAUUCGUCAUCAUCAUCAUCAUCAUUAUUCUGUUAAAAAUGAGAAAAAGAAGCAGUGCUAAAGCUGAAGACCUCACAGCUAAACAGGAUAAUUUCUACUCUAAUAAAACAUGGAGUGCUCAAGCUGGUGACGUUCGUGUUUGUGAAUCGGCUGAUUGUGAUGCUCAGAAUUACAAUGUAACAUCCAGCAGAGGAGAUCAGACUGCUGGAAAAACUCCUGAAUCCAGAGAUACUGCGGAGAUCCAGUAUGCAACUGUCCAACAUCACAGAAACAAAGAGAUGAAAAAAACAGAAAAGAAUGAAACCCAUUAUGACAACAUUAGAAUUAAUCAGCCUGAUGCUGCCAUGAGGAGAUCAAAUCUGCAAACUGUAGAAUAUGUCUCAGUGAUCUACAGCAGCAUUAAGAAACCAGUGUAAAACAACCCUGUGUACAUCACUCAGGACUACUGAGCAAAUUAACUUUUUCUUUUGAAUGUGUUUUUUGUUGAUCAAUGGGUUGGAAUGAUUAGACCUCAAGACUAAUGCCAGCCAUUUACUGAAUAGAAAUAAAUAUUAAUUGUUUUUUUUUUUUUUGUUUUUUUUUAUUAGAUUUUUUCCCCUUUUUCUCCCAAUUUGGAAUGCCCAAUUCCCAAUGUGCUUUUAGGUCCUUGUGGUCAUGUAGUGAUUUACCUCAGUCCAGGUGGUGGAGGACAAAUCCCAGUUGCCUCCGCAUCUGAGACCACCAACCUGCACAUCUUAUCAUGUGGCUUGUUGAGUGUGUUGCCAUGGAGAGAUAGUGUGUGUGUGUGGAGGCUUCACACCAUCCACUGCAGCAACCACACGCAACUCACCACAUGCCCCACUGAGAACGAACCGCAUUAUAGCAACCACGAGGAGGUUACCUCAUGUGACUCUAUCCUCCCUACUGGGCUGAUUUUGUUGCUUAGGAGACCUGGCUGGAGUCACUCAGCAUGCCCUGGGAUUUGAACUAGUGAACUAGCGAACUCCAGGGGUGGUAGCCAGCGAAUUUUACCACUGAGCUACCCAGGCCCCCAAUAUUCAUUGUUAAAUGUAUAUAAAGAGAAUAGCGGUAAAUUAAUGUGCAUGUAAUAAUUUAUUUGAAUAUUCUGAUCUUAAUCAAUACAGGAAAAUAUCAACAGCUGUACACUCUAUGGAGCUUUAUGAACCUUUUCAGAAUAAAUAUGUAAUAGGAAUGUGGACCUUAAUAAGAAAACAGUGUGCAUGUAAUCAUGGGCAAUCAAUUAAUUUAACAUUGAUUUAAGUUGAAUAUAUCUAUAUGGGCAGAAACCGGUAAAUAGUUAGUCACAUGCGUGUGUAUUUAGAAAUCAUUGAUUUGGUCUGUUUGACUGUGAUAAAACAAUGCGUUAGGAAGCAUUAGCUAAGAAAAAAAUGGAUCAAUGCUGCACAAAAGCAUGUUGAACAAGACGGCGACGUCACACAUUGCACAGUAGUUUAAUGCAUGGGUGACAUGGGUUUGAUUCUGGCUCAGGUUAUUUCUCAAUCACCUCAUCCUCUUUCCUGUCAUUUAGCUGAAAAAAAAAAGUUUCACUGUUAAAAGACAUAUUAUUAACACAUCAUUUGAUUGAUUUACUCUUAAAUGUGAAAUUAUGUCAUAGCUUUGCAUCAAACAACUGCAUUUUUCAUCAUGCGGUAGGUUUUUCUUACAGUAUACUGUGGGGAUGUCAAAAAAUGUCUUAUCUGUGGUCAAAGUGACAACAUCUAUUCUUACACAAUAUGUCGUGUUUUGAAAUUCUCUAGAACAUGUUUCCAGUGACAGAAUGGAAGAGUUGAUCUCCUUUGUUUAAUCAAACUCCUAAUAAUAGCCAGAAAAAAUUAAGAUUUGGUGCAUAACAUGGGACUUCUGACUAUAGUAAAUAAGCCCAAAACACUUAUUUUGAAAUGUUGGAGGCCUGGCUCUGUUACAAUGCUCUAUAAUGAAGUAUUUUCCAAAUUAAACUUUUUAUAGCCUGUAUAUUCACCAGAUGAAGGGUGUUGUGUAUAUUUGUUUACCAGAUGAGUUUUAAUGAUGAAUAAGGUUUAUUAUUAUUCACAAGAUACUGUAUAAAGUUGGAGACAAGAUGUUUGUGCUGAUGGGGCACGUUUCUUUGUAGUCGAUUUUUUUCUUUGCAUGCCCUCGUUUAAUUUAGAACAUUUAAUUAUCUAAUCAAAAAUUUAAUGCGUAA